CUGUUUACAUCUUGUGCGACGAAUGUACCACAACAUUUGUGUUAUAAUACAGGGAAACUAUGCACCUAUUGUAGAGUAUAUAGGCUUGGCAGUGCUUAUGUAAUGCAAUAAAGGCCCGAUAGAGUCUUGUUUGUCUUGGACAAGUAUUUGUGGGUCCUCUGUUUUCUUGCCUCAUUGAGUUUGUGUGGUUUCUUUCAAAUUCUUGAGAUGUUUAAGUCAAUUCAUUAUGCUCGGGACAGUGGGGGUACCAUCAGUAGUGUUAGCAGCGUCAUGGCGGCCAGGAGACUGAGACAGAAGAAAGUGGACAAAGACAAGCUCUGCUCUUAUAGUAACUUCAACCCCCUUGCUUUGCUCAGUUUUGUUCUGUUGUUCAUAUCGAUUGUAUUGGUCUCAGUCUCUCUUGGAUUGGAUCGUUGGUCGUCUCUGAGCAUUAUGAGAGGCAGUGGGCAGUCUAGACUUGAUUCGGCCACAUACAAGACACAAGGAUUCUCAAGAAGAUGCAUACAUUAUGUGCUCAGUGAUGAAGUAUUGGCGCUUAAUCUUCCAUCUGAGGAUCUUCCCAGGAAUAACUGUGUCUCUGUUGGCUCCAUAAGCUGCAGUGAAGAGCAGAACUAUCUUGAGAGCAGCCAUGACUCACCUAGCGUUGAUGAGCUACAAAAUACUGAUAAUACUAACGACUGCAAAGAAGUUCGCAUUCGACUGAUUGGCUCCUUCUCCCUGGUUAUAAUAGGAAUAUUUGCUUCCUUAGUAUCUAUGAUCUUAAUGUUCCCUACAUGGAACAGAAAGCUGUUUUUAGGAGGAGCUGCUGUUAGUCUGUUGGCAUCUAUCUUAUUCGGUUCAGCAAUGGGUCUCUUUCUAAGCACAGACAGUGAUUAUGCUGGUUUCUUUUCUCUUAACGGUCAACCCAGCUCUGGUUGUCUUGGCCUUAGCUUUGGUCUUUUUGUUGGCUCCUUUGCUAUCACACUAAUGUCUUCUCUUGUGGGAGUCCUUGCCUUUUGUUAUCGACACAUUGAGAAGUGUCGGAAUAAGAAAGAGUGAUUUAUUAACUAUCAAUCAGUAAAAUAUUUUAAUUAAAAUUGUGAUUUUGUAUUGUCGUUGUAUACUUCUUGUUGAAUGAUAAACUUUUUUGUGGUUUGUAGAUGAUUUAUAAUUCAGUUUCCAUUUGUAA